AUGCAUCUCUUGCUUGAGAUCCCCUUGUUUUUAUUGACUGUCCUUUAUUCCUACUUGGAGGCUUUGGUCAAGCUUUUCGCACCUGCAAAGCGAAAGUCUGUCACCGGAGAGAUUGUCCUGAUCACCGGAGCUGGCCACGGACUUGGGAGAGCCACGGCUUACGAAUUUGCAAAGCAUCACUGCCAAUUGGUUCUCUGGGAUAUCAAUGAGCAUGGCAUUGAAGAGACAGCUGCAGAAUGCAGAAGACUGGGAGCCAGGGCUCAUGCCUUCGUGGUGGACUGCAGCAAGAAGGAGGAAAUCUACUGCAUGGCAGAGAAGGUGAAAAGAGAAAUUGGAGAUGUGUCUAUCCUGAUGAACAAUGCGGGUGUGAUCUCCACCACAGAUCUGCUUUCAACUGGGGACCACGAAAUUCAGAAGAUAUUUGAAGUCAACAUUCUUGCUCAUUAUUGGAUUUCAAAAGCCUUCCUGCCAGCCAUGAUGAAAAACAACCAUGGGCACAUUGUCACCGUGGCAUCUGCUGUUGGUCACAUAGUGGCACCUUUUAUUGUGCCUUAUUGCUCAAGCAAAUUUGCUGCUGUUGGCUUUCACAGAGCUCUGACGCAGGAACUGAUUGCUCUGAAAAAGAACGGGGUUCAAACUUCUUGUGUCUGUCCCAUGUUUAUAAAUAGCGAUUUUGUCAAAAAUCCAUCUUCAAGACUGAUGCCACCUUUGGAGCCGGAACAAGUAGCAAAGCAAGUAAUGGAAGGGAUACUAGCCAACCAGAGAAUGAUUUUUAUUCCGCCAUUCCUGAAAGUCAGUGUAAUGCUAGAUAGGCUUCUUCCUGCUCGUGCAAUUUCAGCUUUGUGGAGGCUGAAUGACCUUAAAUUUGAUGUCGCUGUUGCAUAUAAGGACAAGGAAAACUAA